GACAAGAGUUUUCCGGAUUUGCUUCAAAAGACAUUGAAUUGAGUUUUGUUUCCGGACUCAAGAGUUGGAUCACUUGUGGACACGAUUUGUGCGGUUAUAUCACUGGUUUGGAUGUGAUAUCCAUUGCAUGGGAUUGUGUGCAUCACUCGACACAUGUCUAGUUGGAUGAGAUGAAUUACGCCAAAGCCAUGGAAAACAGUGGAGAACUACUCAACGAUUGCAUCAAAUUAGUGAAACUCAACCCAAACAACGCUUUGAGUAUGGCCAACGUAUCGCCGCAGAGCCAAGCGAUGGCAUUGUCUUCAAACAUCAAUUUAGUUGAUUUGGGAAAGAAGUUGUUGGAGGCGUCGAGGAAUGGCGAGACCGAAGAGGUGCGCGCACUCAUGCAGUCGGGCGCCCCCUUCACCACCGAUUGGUUGGGCACAAGUCCUCUGCACUUCGCCGCACAGUUCGGUCACUCGGAAACGGCCGAAGUGUUACUCCGGGCGGGAAUCAGUCGCGACGCGCGAACCAAAGUGGACAGAACUCCGCUCCAUAUAUCGGCACAAGAGGGACAUCUGGCGAUUGUCUCACUACUCAUUAUGCAUGGAUCCGAUGUGGACGCGAAGGACAUGCUUCGGAUGACACCUCUUCACUGGGCCGUCGAGAGGGGCCACACGGAUGUGGUCGAGUGUCUGCUCAGUAAUGGCGCCGAUAUUAACAUUACGAGUAAGUUUGAAAAGACUCCGAUCGACAUCGCCUACGAUAAUGGAAGACUCGAAAUGGUUCCCACUCUUCAGAAAUAUGUGGGAAUCGCUCGACCGAAAGCCGAUCCAAAGCCAACAUCUGCUCCGGCGGUCAAAAUGAGACCAAUAGUAUUACCCAAUAAAGCGAACCGAACCUCAAAAUCACCGAAAAAUUAUUUGCAUACAAAUAAACCCGUAUUUCCGACUGGAGUUAACUGGAAGAGAGAGGACGGAAAUACGGCGAACCCAGUAUUGGCCACAUUAGCGGCGUUGGCGGCCGCGGGAUCUGGUUGUUCGGUAGGCGAUGCUCUGCAAUGGCUGGAAAGUCAGGGCAUAUCAGUGAACAGUUCUGCCACCGAUUCUGCGAUAUUCCAGAACGCCUUCGAAAGCGGACAAACCAUGUCUUUGACUGAAGCGGGAAAACAAGCGCUCAAUUUUGUGAAAGACCAACACUUGCAAAGACCCACUCAAUCCGUGACCACCAGUGCGAACACAAAUGCCAAUUCAAAACUGAUCACAAUAGUGGCCGACAGCGCACAACUGCCGCAAAUCAUAAACAGCUCGUCAGCGACGCCUAUAGUAGUAGUGAGCGGUUCGCAGGACUCGCAUGAAAUGCAAUCUCAAAAGUUGACUCUUAAUAGAAAGAAUACGAAUACUAUUUAUACCAAAAUACAAAACAAACCGUUGACCACAACUACUGCCAGAAUUAACAGUAUAUCGAAAGCACCGAAUAUAUCGAGUAUAAAACAUGUGGUGAUUUCUAAUUCGUCGACUGAUUCCAGUUUUGAUGAUAUUGUCAAAGAAAGGGAUCGACUUUCGCAUGAAUUGAAGACAACUAAACAACUUUUAGAAGAAUAUAAGAAUCAGUUAUUAGAAAAAGAUAAACAAUUAGAGAAGAAUCGACAGGAAUUGGAGAAAUUGCGAGCCAUUCAUAAAUGAUUGAAAUCGACAUCUAAUUUAAAAGCCAUAAUUGUAUAAAAUUUCACGUUAAUUAUAAAUAUAUCUAUAUUUCUAUUGUAAUCAUGUUUUCAUUAUAUGAUAUAUCGACUAAUUAUUGUAAUAAUAAUAACAACACCUCUUAUAUAAAACGGGAUUUGUGUAAUAAA